AUGUCCGCGACCUCGUUGCUGUCGCUCCGCAUGCGCUGCAGCGUCAACAGUCUCUCUCUCCUGCACACGAGACGAUUGCAGCCUGCAUUUCUCCGUGUGGGGACAAGCAGCAACACUCUAUUCGCCGUCCGCCACUUGGUCGGUAGCUCUCGACCUGAGAGAAACCACGACCGACACACGCCAAAAACGCCCCGAGUCCCGAUUGUGGACCGCGUUGUGGCCAAACUCAAUGACUCGAUCCAGAAACACCCGGGCGAGACCAUCGCUGUGCUCUUUGCGUCCGACAUUGGCAGUAUCGGAGCCACGUACGGCGUGCUCUCGGUCGCUGGGAUCGACGUGUCCCCGGAGUUCGCACUGGCGUUCGCAGCCAGUCGCCCGUUCCGUCGCUUCCGGCUGCCGCUGGACUUGGCUGUCGCUGCUGGCGUGGCCAAGAUCUUUCCAGCGCUUUCUCGCGUGCAGCUUUCGAACCUGACAGGGGCUCUACCAGCUCGAGCGAGUUCAUCUGCGUCGUCGGCUCUUUCCGGCUCUGGCAUUAUGGCCAAAGCUAUGGGGACGGCAAAGGAGGUGAUUGACAACUAUGGGGCGGCGUACAUGAUGGGCUCUCGUCUGGCUGGUGUCGGCGUGGUCUGCGCUUUCUACGCCCUGAUCAAGCAGGGCGUGGACUUGAUGCCGAUUCUUGCUUCGUUUGGUGUGCAAGAAAUAGGCUCGACGCUUGGCGCGUAUGCUGCUGCUGUCGUGCUCAGCUCCGCACUGUAUCCGGCGACGUUGGGUAUCUCGGGCUACGUCGCGCCAAUUGUUGCUAAGCUACGCAGGACUCUCUAG